AUGCUUCAUUUCUCUUUCCAUCUAGUCUCUUUCUUUGUUCAUUCACUCCUUUUUUCCUUGCUUUUUCCUUCGUCUCUUCUAUUUCAACCCUCUUUCGAUCUAAUUCGACAAAUUCUUUCCUUUUUUCUUUCCUUAGUCUCGCUUGUUUCGUUGGUUCAUUCGUUGUUUCUUUUACUUACAUCUUUCCUUUUCCCCAUUCGUUUCUUUCCCAGUCACCUUUUAUUUCUAUUUAACCUUAUAAAAAUCUCUUUAUCACACUCUCGUUUCACUUCAUUAAUCCAUCGCUUCCUUCCUUCCUUCCUUCCUUCCUUCCUUCCUUCCUUCCUUCCUUCCUUAUCACAAUCAUUUAAAAUCCGCCUCUGUUUAAAAAGAGCAUCGGAAGAGCGUCUUUUUCGUUUAUCCCGAUUUAGCCGAAGUCCUUUGGCAGACAAACGGGGCUACUCUCAGACAUUAGAAACUUCUCAUUUUUCUUUUCAUUUAUUUGGAGAAUCCUUCUGUCUAUCUAUCUAUCUAUGUGAGUUUGUUAAUAUAUUCCUGUGUCAGUUUGUUAAUAUCUAUCUAUCUAUCUAUCUAUCUAUCUAUCUAUCUAUCUCGGACUCUAUAUAUCUAUCUAUCUAUCUAUCUAUCUAUCUAUCUAUCUAUCUAUCUAUCUAUCUAUCUAUCUAUCAGUAUUCCUAA